CUCUGUUCCACAUUCUAAUCCCAUCACACUCUGCUCCACCUCAACACAUCCAACCACGCCAGGCCCCCGGAGCCCAUACUCUCCUCCAACUUAAACUAGCUACCUCUUCGCACUCCACUGGGAGACUUCUUCAUCCAUACAAUACAAUUCUACGCUUCUAAGGACAAGCAGGAAUAUUACUUGAAGAGCGUCAAGAAGAUGGAUAAACUGGUGUGAGAUUGUUGGCCAGUGGAAGCUAUAUUUUACUUCUCUCUCUCAAGAAGUCAGCACCACACAUGGAUGGGAUGUUGCGUCUCACUUGACUGCAGGAUUUACUUUGUGGAACAAAGAGUGUACACACUCCUUGUGCACAAUCUGCUGUAGCAGCUCAUUUGUUUGGUGAUGUCAUCUGACUCCAGAAUUUAUAGGUGGAUUCUAACUGUGUAAAACCAAAAACAAUGACUGAGGCAGUUGAAGUUCGAUCGUUCACGACCACAAUGGUGAUUGACGCUCGGGGUGGGGAGGGCUCCUCACGCGUGGCCCCCAAGAAGACCUUCAUGGAUCAUUUCUACGCCACCUUCAGCUCCCCCAUAGCCUGGGUGCUGGUGCUGGCCCUCGUCAUCACCUGGUCCUGUGUGUUCGUCAUCAUCUUUGACAUGAUGGAUUAUAAAACACUUUCAGGUCCCCCUCCUGCUGUCAGGAAAACCUUAAAGGAUACAGAGCGUAGAGGAGGCCUGACCAAGCUGGGCUCUGACCCCAUGAAGGCAGUCAACGACGCAGUAGAAGGUUCCUCCAGCGUUUUGACCUCAAUAUUCAGCUUUGCUGCUAACCUCAUUGCUCCUGAUGAGGAUGAAGGAAAUCUAUAUGCAGUGAGGAAAAAAGGAGAAUUUUUACCAUCCCGAAGUAAAGUUGUAGGGAUGCAAGCUAACCAACGACCAGCAAUUGAAAUAGUGGAAUCAGGAGAGGAAGAGGAGGAUGCAGCUGAAGCAGGAGGAGAAGAAAAAGAAGAAGGAGAGGAGGAGGUUGAUACCGUAGCUGCUGAUGGAGGAGAAAAAGAGGAGGAACAGGUAGAGGUUGAAGAAGAGGAGGUGGAGGAAGAGGAAGAGAUAGAAGAUUAUUACGAGGACGAGUAUGAGGAUUAUUACGACGAGGAGGAGUAUUAUGAUGAGGAGGAGUAUUAUGAUGAGGAUGAGGAGGUGGACUAUGAUGAAGAGGAAGAACUGGAAGAGGAGGAGGAUGGCCAGGAUGAGGGAGAACUGGAGGAGGAGGUUGAGGAGGCGGGAGUACUGGAGGCGGGGGUCGAGGAGGCGAGAGUAAUGGAGGAGGAAGAACUAGAGGAGGAGGAUGGCCAGGAUGAGGGAGAACUGGAGGAGGAGGAGGAGGCGGGAGUACUGGAGGAGGAAGAACUAGAGGAGGAGGAUGGACAGGAGGCGGGAGAACUGGAGGAGGAGGAGGAUGGCCAGGAUGAGGGAGAACUGGAGGAGGAGGAGGAUGGCCAGGAUGAGGGAGAACUGGAGGAGGAGGAGGAGGAGGCGGGAGUUGAGGAGGCGGGAGUACUGGAGGCGGAGGUCGAGGAGGCGGGAGUACUGGAGGAGGAAGAACUAGAGGAGGAGGAUGGACAGGAGGCGGGAGUACUGGAGGAGGAGGAGGAUGGCCAGGAGGCGGAGGAGGAGGAGGAAAAACUGGAGGAGGAGGAGGAGGAGAAGGAGGAAAAACUGGAGGAGGCAGGAGAAAUGGAGGAGGAGGAGGAUGGCCAGGAGGAGGGAGAACUGGAGGAGGAGGAGGAGGAGGAGGAUGGCCAGGGGGAGGGAGAACUUGAGGAGGAAGAGGAGGAAACAACAGCUGAACUAGAACAGGCCACUGACACUGGCAAUCAUGAAGAGGACCUGGAUGAAGAGGAAGAGCAGGAAGAGGUGAAUGACAAUGGUGACGAUGACGAUGUCGGGGUUGACGAAGAGGAAGGGGGGGAGGAGUCUGCUUCUGAAAACACUGAUGCUGCUGAGGAGGAGGAUGAUGGUGAUGAUGAUGAUGAAGAACAGGAAGAAGGCGAUGUAGAAGGAGUUCAGGCAGAAGAUGAAGAGGGGGAGGAGUCUGCUGCUGACGACUCUGAGGCAGCUGAGGUAGAGGGUGAUGGUGAAUAUGAUGAUGAUGAUGAUGAAGAAAAGGAAGAAGGCGAUGUAGAAGGAGUUCAGGCAGCAGACAAAGAGGGGGGCGAGGAGGAGUCUGCUGCUGACGACUCUGGGUCUGCUGUUUCCGUGGAAGAUAAUGAUGAAGAUGACAGACAACAGGAUGAGGGUGUAGAGGAAGAGGAGGAAACAGCCGAAGCAGACACAGAUAGUGAAAAUGAGAGUGAUGAUGUUGAUGAUUUUUACACUGCUCUUGAAGACCAUGAAGAGGAGGUCGGGACCACUGAACAAAGUAGGGUUGACUACUACGACGACGAUGAUGAUGAUGAAACAGCAGAAGAAGAAGACGACCUUGCAGAAGAGGACAAGGAGUUAGAGGAGGAUAACGAUUCUUCCUCAGUCACACCCCCAGUUCCUGACUUUAAAGAUGAUGAUGAUGAUGAUGAGGAUGAUGAAUAUGAAACAGAAACUGAUGAAGACUCCCCAAGCAAUGGGGAGGAGGAUACCAGUGAUGACAUUCCAACAUCUGAUGAGGAGCAGGAAGCAGCUGCCCUUGCCGUGGACGAGCAGAUGGCCUCAGACAGCGAUGUUGAAACCGCACCGACGUCUACAGACGCUCAUUCAGCUGACGAUGACGAUGCUGAUGGAGACAGUGACACCACAGAUCAGUCUCUACCUGUCUCCAGUGCGGAGGGGGAUGAAGAGGAUUCCUCAGAGGACACUAUAUCUGUCGCUACUUCAGAUAAUUUUGCAGAUGAUGAGGAUGAUGAUGAAGAGGAUCCCAUGGAUGAGGACCAACUCAAGAGCGGAUCUGUUGACCUUGACGUUCUUGAAGUUCCCCACACCAGUGAUAUUGAUGUAGAACUUGAAGCAGAGCAUCACUCCAUUGAAGACAUUUACGGGGAAACAUUUUGGUUGGCCGAGAGUGAGGACAGCGGAGUACUGGGUGACGAUGAGGAUGGCGAUGAUGAUGAUGAUGAUGAUGAUGACUUUUAUAAAAUAGAUGAAGAAUCAUUAUGGGAGACUGUGUCCAGUUCUGAGGACUACAAUGACUCAUACAAAGAGGAGGAGGAAGAUGAGGAUGAGGAACUAGGUACCAUACCAUUUGAGUUCAGCAUUGAUCCUGAGGAUGACAAAGUGGAAGAUGUUUUAGGAGAGGAAAGGCUUGCACACUCCCAUGAUGACAAGCUUGAUGCUAGUUUGUUCGAGUACCAGGAUGACCUCCAGGAUGAUGUUGACAUCAACAAAGAAGAAGACGGUUUCCCCUCGGACCCUCCGGCCGGAGCUGCGCCAGAAGAUGACAACAAAGAUGAUGAGGAUGAGGAUGAGGCUGAGGCUGAUGGUGACGUUGAUCCUGUUCACCAUGACUUUGAUGACUCCGUGCUAUUAGAUGGAUUGAUUGCACCAGCUGCACAUCACGUGCCAGUCCAACAGGAAGCAGUAGGAAGUGGGACAGGACCUCCAGAAGAAGAGGAUGACAUAGAGAAGGAGGGAGGCACUGAGGGGGACGAUGGAGACAAGAGUGGAGAGGUUGAUGCAGAGGAGAUUAUUGAAGAUCUAGGAGAGACAGACCAACCUACUGUCACCAUGAAAACCACGGAAGAAACUGAAGAGAAAACCGAGAGAGAAGAUGGGGCUGAUGAUGAUGAUGAUGACAAAGCCAAGGUCAAUGUCAUGAAACCGGUUGGUGAGCCUGAGGAAAGUGCAGCCCAGCCAGAAGCCACAGUGUGCCCCUGCAUGCUUUGUUCCAAGACUACGGAUACAGCUGCAGAGGCAGUAGAGAAAACAGAGCCGCCAAAAAAAGCUUCUAUUGGGAAACCAAGGAGAAAAGUGCGUGAAUCCAGGAAGACAGAAGAGACGCCAAAAAGGAAAGCUUUUCCUCGCAAUGCAGAGCUAGAGGAGAAGAUCAGGAGAGUGAGGAAGGUCCCUGGACUUUUAAGAGGCAAAAAAGUGGAGAAGCCCAGGACCGUGAGGAAAGAAAAAGAACAACCAAAGCAGGAAGUGCCAGAAUCUGGACCAGAAGUUGGCCCUUGCCGCCCAUCUCCGGUCUACUGCCCUACCCCUCCAGGCUGGUUUGUUCAUCACGUUGUGACGGACAACCCUUAUCCCCCCCCAACCCUGACAGCCCCGUCAGCCCCUGUUCUGACAGUGCAUCCUGCCUAUCAAGGCGCUCCACCUCUCUACCAACCACAGCAGCAUCAGCAGCAGCCUAUGCCACAUUUCUACCCGCACUACCACCCAUACAUGCAGCCCCAGACUCAACCUGCACAACCACCAGUGGACGCUACUCCGCCGGUCCAUCAAGCUGACCCAGCCCCAACGGUCCAACAAGCUGACUCAGGCCCAACGGUCCAACAAGCUGACUCAGGCCCAACGGUCCAACAAGCUGACCCAGCCCCAACGGUCCAACAAGCUGACUCAGGCCCAACGGUCAAGCAUGACUCAGCCCCAAUAGUCCAACAAGCCGACCUAGCCCCAAUGGUCCAACAGGCUGACUCAGCCCAAGACUCAGCUCAAGUCCAACUUGAUGCAGCUGAUCUUCCAGAGCCUCAAGAUUAUGAUGCUUCCAAAAACAUGACCAUAGCAGGCGCUGUGAAGAAAGGUGAAAGAAAGGAGUCUUCUGUUGCAACCAAAGCAGCCAAAAUGAAAGCUAAAAAAGAUGCUGUUAAGAAAACAGCUGCUUCAAAGAAAGAACCAUCUUCUGUCAAAAGGAAAGCCAAGGUCACUGUGUCUGGGAAAGAUGGUGGAUCGGAGGUCCACCCUAUCCGGCCCAGAGUCAGCACUCCAGGGGCGGGGGGGAAUGUCACUGUGACCCCCAGGCCUGCCACUCAAACCAACACAAGAUCGAAAGCCGCCAUAGAAAGGCCAAAAAAAGGAAAGAACUCUGAAAAAGUUGACGCUAACGGCAAACUGAAGCCUGAACCCAAAACGGAAGACAACACAACGGACAAGAAGAAAACAGGUCAAAGAUACUUCCAGUGCAUCUACGUACCAGGUAAAGGAGCGCAGUACCCUCUGCGCCCCGGAAUGAGCCCAGCCAUGAACCCGGCCAUGAUGUCCCCGGCCAUCAGGUCCAUGCUGGAGCAGCAGAGGGCCCCAAGGGCCGCAGGUCAAUAGGUACACGGGAGACCUUCUCAUUUCUUGAGUCCUUUCAUCCGAUGGAUAACCCUACUUUGAGGUACUUGAGGAGUCCUGCGGAGACGAGCAAGGGACUGAGUGGAAGUGAGCUGUAGAGUUCAGCACAACCCACUGGUCGAGCCCUUGGAAGAUUCAUUGUUCUCCUGCUCCUGCUUAGCAUGUGUAUGUUUUUAGUGUUUGUUCAUUGAAUUUUGUCAAUAGUUCAAAGUAUGUCAGUAGUUCAAAGGACGUGUUGGGAACCAUCUUUACCUUCGAAGGCCAUCAUGUAUGAAAUCAGGGUGAUAUAGGUUGAUAUCAAUGUUUACACACAGUCCAUACUGUAAAUACAGUUUACCUUGUUCAUAAAUUACUAUGCACUAUUCAUACACUAUGUUAUGAGAGUUUAAUUAUAGAUGGGAUUGCUUUGGCAAUACUUAAACAACAACAGCAAUUGGAGCUUAAACAAGUGUGUUUCUGCCCAUGCAUUUUUUUUAUCGUAUAAUGUCUUAUAAUUCUAAAAAGCAAUGAUUAAUUAAUAUUAGAAGGGUUUACAAGACUCCACUAUAAAUACUAUUGAUUACUUUAAAAGGGGAACGCAUAUUUCUUGCGACACAUUGCAAAUGAAGUGCUAUCUACUACUCAGUUCUUUGUUACAAUGUUCAUGUCUUUUCGGGGCAUAUCAUUGCAGUAUGCUGUUCUGUCUUCGUCUUGGCUGCUUUGGUGGCAAACAUUAGAAAAGCAUUAUAGUAAGAUGAAAAUGCAAACAAGGAUGUAUUGAAUUCCAGAAGAACCCACUGUUGAACCCCUCUCUCCCACUCUCUGAAGUUGUGUGAAUGUGUGUGUGGGGGGGUAACACCAAUGUGCUCUCUCACAUUUAACAUCUCAUACAUUGUUCAACGAAUUUCGACAAAGAAUGCAGUCUACCAAAAGUUAUCUAUUCACUAUCUCUACUAUUCCAAAUUAAAAAUAUACAAGUCAGUAAAAAAAGAGCAAAUGCACUAUUCAAUUAUUUUUUACAUAAAAAUUAACAUUACACUUAAUUAUUAUGUAAAACCUGCAUUUUAUUUCUUAUUGUUUACGGAGAUAUCAAUAACGGAAAAUGCUUUGGGGGGGGGGUCAAGUUAGCAUGUUUGUGUUUGACAGAGAGGGGGCUGCUGAACAGACACAUUGGGACCAGAAUGUACUGGACUGAACCUGGUCCUGUGCUGUGUGAGGGUGUCUGUACAUUAGGAUGUGACUGAACCUACACUAAAAAAACCAUUAAAAGUAAGAACAGGUGUAACAGUGUUUAGAGUUGGGGCCAUCUGUACAUUAGGAUGUGACUGAACCUGGUCCUGUUGGGUGAAGGCGUCUGUGCAUUAUAAUGUGGAAGGCUGUGAUCUGAAGUGUUCUCUGAUCUGUGGUUGUCUGCCCCUUUUCUUAUCAACGGCAUCGCACUAGUAAGAGGCCGCCCAGUAGCACAGAGAACAAUGUUAGUGUUCUCUGAGUGUUAGGCUGACAGUAUGCAAGUUGGACUGCUUAAUGUCUUGGUCAUUAAACACACGCGUGCUGUGCACUGAGAGGAAGCUUAGAUCACUAAGACGUGACAGAUUAAUGUUCUGAAUGUCAUAAAUUGUAAAUUUUUCUCUAUAUAUAAUUUCCCUUAAUUUACUUAUUGAUUUGUACAUUAUUAUUUUCUUAUUGUUUAAACCCUGAAGCUGUCUGCAGGGUUGUGGCUAGACGUUUUGCACCCAGUGUGUCAACUCAAAUCGAUCUGGGAACCUUAAAUGAAACAUGAAGGUCUUAAAGAAAGAAACCACAAGACACACCUUGAAGAAGCACUGCUGCUGCUUGUUCUCAGUAGAUGAGUGAGGACCACAGCUGUCCAGGGUCCCAUUGUUUAAAGAUCAUGCUUUUUUAGGGUUAAUAACUGCAUUUGGGGGUACUAAUAUUAGGGAUGGGCAUUUUAAGAAAUGUCAUUGAUCAAUCAUCGAUAAAAUUAACUAUUAAUUAUCGAUUUAAUCGUUAUUUUUCUAUAGACUAUAUAAAAAAUUCUAUUUGGUAAAAAAUACAAAAGUUUGAAAUCAAUGAAAUCCUGUAGGCCAACAAUAAUCAAUAGGCCAACAAUAAUACAAUGCAGUCAACGUGUAUACCUAGAACUGUUUUAAAAGUUUUUAUUAUUCACUCACACUGUCCAUUUCUGCAAAAACAAUUUCAGCGCGUUCGAAAAAAUAUUCUGUUUUGUAUCAUGUCGCUUUAAGGCCCCGGUUGAACGCUUUGUGCGUGCAGGACGUCUGCACUUUAGCGCCCACUGCACAAUCUGUGACAGUCACGUCACACUAUUACGGAGGUAAUGUUUAAGCGCAAACAAGCAGUUUCACUCACUUAUUGAAUGCCGUUGUCGAUGGGGAAAAAAUACUCUCCCCUGGUUCAGACUUAGAUUUCUCUAGCUUAAAGGUUGGGUAUGGGAUUUGCGAAAUGCCAGCAGAUUUUGAAAAUACACAACUCAAAUGGUCCUACCCCCUCUCCUUCAAAGCUGACUCCGACUCAACCCAUUCCAAGUACAUGGACGCGCAAUCAUGCACGAGCGAACACAGAUGCGCGAGAGCGAGCCAUUAGCUAGUUAGCUAGCUCCAGUAGCUACCGCAGGAUAACAACAAACAGAAGCUUGCUCUGCGUACAAGCUUUGAGUAAGUGCACGAAGGGGUGGAACGGGGGAGGGGGAGGGGAGUGCAGUACGACCGUUUGAUUGACGUACUUACUGUCCAAUGCCACUCGUGGGUUUGGAAAUCAUUGGCUGGAGUUUUUCGAGCCCUGCCCAUUCCACAGAUGAUUGACUUGUUUAAUUUUCAUGUCAGUACUUCUAACUCAGUGGCUGUAAGUGGGUUAUGAUAAGGAUUUCAAGUAAUUUUGUAAAAAUUGCCAAAAAAGAGAAUUCCAUACCCAACCUUUAAUAUAACAGCCUAAAGCAAAGGGAAAAGGCGAAAAAGCAUGAUAUCACCCCUGGGGGACCGGGGUGGUGAUGCAGCUGAGGUCAAGUCCACAGGUUACCACACCUAAUAACAAUGAUCACAUGAGUUACUGUCAUCUGUAAUGUUAUUGGUGUUUAUUAACCUGAUCAGAGGAAUAAAAUGAAAAUAAAUAUUAAAUGGUGCUUUGAACAGCCUAUAUUUUUUGCGUUGUCCAGGGAACAUCUGCGGGAUCGCUGAAAUUGACCGUUGAUGUAAAUUUUGGAUUGAAGCGCAUUGAUUUGGACAGAGGUUUCCCGUUAUGGAAAAUAAUGCACCCUUGGAAUGAUAUUGGCCAAUCAGGAGCAAGUAUUCAACAACACUGAAAUAUAAUUACAUCAUAUACUCACAGUGGUGCCUAUGACAAAGCACUAUCACAAGAAAUACACAUUUAGGAAAGUAUCAUAUUAUUUAGCGACACUUCAAUAACAUAUGUAUUAUUUAAUGUAACAGUGUUGUAUCAUUUGUUGUUGUGUGUGCUCAGUACUAUCUUAAAUAUCAGAUGCCAUGACAUGUUUCUAGUGCUGAAAACACAUCACCGAGCUGAGUCCAGCAUACAGCAGGAACCAAGGGGGUUUCAUGAUGGGUUAUGGAUUAAGGAGUUGGAACUGAACUUUUUUUGGAAGCGUGGAAUGCACAAAUUAUGUCUCAUGGUUCAUUGAUCAUUUAUUUUCCGUAGAUUAUGUAUUUGCAUGACAUGUAAUGCAUGAGCUUAUAAUUUAAGAACACAAACCAACCUUCUCUAUUGUUACUUUCAGAUCAAACAGCUAAUAAGUGUAUGCAUGUCAAAAUGUACUUUAUCACCACAACUUUUUAAGAGUGGUACAUGACUUUAUUUAUGCCGAUUACAAAUUUCAAAUGUAAAAUAUGUUAUAAUUUGUAUAUUCUGAAGAAAUUGGUUUAUUCUUAGUAUUUAAAAUUGGUUUUUAAAAACAAAUGUGUAUGUUAGGGUUAUCAUGGAUUAUCAGAGGUAGAGUUGCUGAUGUUACUGGAGAUCUUUGGGAAAGAAAUGCAAUUUCUUUGAUAAGAAAAUGUGAUAACAAAUGUUAUGUGAAAAAUCUACAUGAAGACACUCAGAUUGUAGCCGGUGUGUAGCAAGUCAAAUAAAGCAAUGAAAACUCUUUAUUCUUUGGGUGCCCAUUGGAUAAUCAUAAUCAAGUAACGUGAAGCAUACAGUGGUAGGCAUAAGUUUAGGCACCCAUGCUAAAGUUUACUAAAAAGAGGAAUAAAAAAUCAUCUUUUGGAAAUUGAUCUUAAUGCCUUAAUUAAACAAAUGAGGAAAAAUCCAACCUUUAAGGACACCGAUUUGCUUUGUGAAUGAAUAAUGUAUGGUAAAUAAAAAAAUAUUCUCCAUUAAAAUACAGGGUGCAUACAUUUAGACACCCCUAUGUUAAUUCACAUAGAGGCAGGCAGAUUUCUAGUUUUAAAAGCCAGUUAUUUCAUGGAUCCAGGAUAAUAUGCAUCCUGAUUAAGUUCCCUUAGCCUUGGAAUUAAAAUAGCCCAACAUCAUCACAUACCCUUGACCAAACCUAGAGAUUGGCAUGUUUUUAUUUCAGUUAGCCUAUUAGCUGAUUUGAUAUGCAUUGAGAAAUCAUUAGACUUACUAACAGCUCUUAGGCUAACUGAAAAUAACCAUCGUCAAUUUUAGCAUGGGUGCCUAAACUUAUGCCUACCACUGUAGAUGAGAUUAAGAUCUUCCAGCUACCAAUCAAUAUGUGUUGGAGAAUAGCAUAGACGCAUGAUGCAGAUUACCUUCAAACAAUCAGUGGCCAUAUUUAUUGAGCUUGUUCAAUAAAAGCCACUUUUGGGGAACCCUGUUUUCUUUUUUGCUAUACUUGUACAAUAAAUAAAGUGAUAUGAAAAAGGACUAAAUGCAUUUCUGAUGCUAUGAUAUGAACAACAAUGCUCCGAUCACAUAUUUCUAUGGAAUGACCAAUAUUAAUAUUUGCUACAGUUAAUAUGUUUCUAUAAAAGGGGCUUUAGCUAAAAUGAUUGGCUGUAAUGGAGACCUGAGUCAGAACAAUACACAGCGAGUCCUAGUGAACACUGCAAUACACGGAUACAAGCAUAUCAAGAUUACGUGUGUUGUCUCCUCUCACUAGAGACUCACAAACACACACAUGCACGGGUGUACACGCGUGCACACACAACUAAACUCACACAUACACACAUUUCAUUUG